AUGAUGAACUUCAGCAUUGUUAGUGAGUUUAUGAUUCUGGGACUUACUCAAAAGUCUGAACUUCAGGGAAUACUUUUCAUUGUUUUUCUUUUUAUCUACCUUGUGGCUCUACUUGGUAAUAUGCUAAUUGUUGUUGCCAUAAUCUAUAACACCACCUUGCACACACCCAUGUAUAUUCUCCUUCUGGCCUUGGCUGUGGUGGACAUAAUCUGCACUACAAGCAUCAUACCCAAAAUGUUGGGAACUAUGUUAACAUCAAAAAAUUCAAUUUCAUAUGGGGGUUGCAUGUCCCAGCUCUUCUUUUUCACAUGGUCCUUGGGGGCUGAGAUGGUGCUCUUUACUACAAUGGCCUAUGACCGCUAUGUGGCCAUUUGCUUCCCACUUCGCUAUAGUACUAUUAUGAACCACUAUACAUGUGUAGGCUUGCUUAGCAUUGUCAUGGCUAUUGCUGUAACCAAUUCCUGGGUGCACACUGGUCUCAUUCUGAGGCUGACUUUCUGUGGGCCGAAUAUAAUUGACCACUUCUUCUGUGAAAUACCCCCGCUGCUUGCUUUGUCCUGUAGUCCUGUAAGAGUCAAUGAGGUGAUGGUGUAUGUUGCUGAUAUCACCCUGGCUGUGGGAGACUUUACUCUAACCUGCAUUUCCUAUGGAUUUAUUAUUGCUGCUAUUCUCCGCAUCCGCACAACAGAAGGCAAGAAGAAGGCCUUCUCUACGUGCUCAUCGCACCUCAUGGUGGUGUCCCUUUACUAUUCUCCUGUUAUCUACACCUAUAUCCGACCUGCAUCCAGCUAUACCUUUGAUAAAGACAAGGUGGUAGCUGCACUAUAUACUCUAGUAACUCCUACAUUGAACCCAAUAGUAUAUAGCUUCAGGAACAAAGAGAUGCAGUCAGGAAUUAAGAAAGUAUUUGCAUUUUUAAAAGGUUAA